UUUGAUGAGUUCCGACAAGAGAUAGAUGAGCAUCAUGACCGGAGAGAACGACUUAUCAAGAUCAGCCGAGAUGCAACAAACCUUUCGAAGAAAGUCAUCUUCCUGCUCCACCGAGCAAUGACAGAAGAAUUUAAUGAUGAUUCUAAUCCCUCUCUACGAGUAGUCCGUCGUGGUCGUGAAAAGCUUCAGGAAGUGCAAGCGUUAUAUGCGCAAAUAAGGCUCGAGGUACAAGCCGAGCGGUUCUGGCACUACCAAAGAGCAGUAUCACCUGGCCUCCAAGAGUAUAUCGAAGCACUGGGUUUUGCUCACUACCUCGAGCAUGGCACUCUGGUGUCAUACGAGGAAGUUCAACUUUCCCUUUCUGACGAGAACGGCAUACCUUAUUUUACACUUCCAAAGGAAGAUUACUUGCUGGGCUUGUCUGAUGUCACUGGCGAACUCAUGCGGUUUGCAAUAUCUGGCAUAGCUCAGAAGGGCGGUCGCGUCAGAGCCAGGGAAGUGUGUGCAUUCGUCCGGCAAUGUAAAGCA